CUGGACCAAGGCAGUUUCAAGGGGACCCAAACUGGGCGUUUCUUUACCGCUACUACAAAAAAAAGUUUUUAACAACUAAUAUUAUCCGUUACACAACAACUGCAGUACUACAGACACAUAUGUACAUACACGUGCCGGGCUAGAAGUUGCAAAUAUGGUGUAAAUAUUUGUCUAUAUAUCUAUCUACGGUAUCGUACAAUGGUGGUAUCGCAGGAAUAGCCGUCGGCUAAAGUUGGUUAGUUUUGCUACAUGUAGCCUGUUCAUAAUUAACUGUUUAUUUCAUAUUUUGCCGUUAUGGUUGUAUAGUAAAACAUUGUUAAUGUGUUGUGAACCAACAUAUCCACCGAUAUCAGUGUAAAUGCAUGUUUUUUAUGCAGUAUAUUUGACUAUAAUAUGUCCAGUAUCUAGCCUGAUAGCUUAGCUAACUAGCUAUGUUUGAGUAACUUUGUUUCGGGCUACUGAGGUUAAGGGAUCGUCGUCAAAUCCGUAGACUAACCAGAGAAGGGAGUGUGUUGCACACGGCCUCUCUCUUACUGCGCCACUUUAAGUGAAAUGGGGAAGCCUUGAAACCUCCAUGUUUGUAUCUUGAAAUUGCGAGCGGAGUUGAGGCACCAUAUUGAAUCAAAGUUUCUACCUCCUUGACAAAUGUCUUUGUAAGUUUCAGACUUCAAAACGUUUAGCCCGAAGUGUAAUGGCUGCGCUGUAGGCGACGUGUUGCGAUGUUUUUCCGUGUUUGUUGAUGUUAAGUUGGUUUAAUGCACCGAGUCAGCGAACUAUCUGUAACUUUAAAAGUGUGAGAUCAGCACUCUGGAGCAGACCUGGAUGUGAUGGACAACCCGUCCUCAAUAAUCACCCAAGUCAGCCGGGAUGAAGAGGGGAAUAAAGCCGCAGGAGAGAGAGGCUCCUCCCCCUCUCUGUCCUCCAAGAAGCCCAGGAGCAGAGGCCUCUUCUCCAGCCUCUUCUGCUGCCUGUGUCGGGACCAGCCCGAACCCCCACCGGUCAACAACAACGCCCCUCUGCUGGUGGAAGAGAACGGCACCGUCUCCAAGGUGAAGCCACUGCUGGCUCCAGUGAAGUCUAAAGACUCCGGAAAGAUCUGCGUGGUUAUAGAUCUGGAUGAGACGUUAGUUCACAGCUCGUUCAAGCCUGUGAACAAUGCAGACUUCAUCAUUCCUGUGGAAAUAGAUGGAACAGUACACCAGGUGUAUGUCCUGAAGCGGCCCCACGUGGACGAGUUCCUCAAGAGAAUGGGGGAACUGUUUGAGUGCGUCCUGUUCACUGCCAGUUUAGCCAAGUAUGCGGACCCCGUCUCCGAUCUCCUGGACAAGUGGGGCGCUUUCCGCUCCCGCCUGUUCCGGGAGUCCUGCGUCUUCUACCGAGGCAACUACGUCAAGGACCUGAGCCGCCUGGGUCGGGACCUGAACAAAGUCAUCAUCGUGGACAACUCCCCCGCCUCCUACAUCUUCCACCCCGACAACGCAGUGCCCGUGGCCUCGUGGUUCGACGACAUGUCAGACACCGAGCUGCUGGACCUCAUCCCCUUCUUCGAGAGGCUGAGCAAAGUGGACAACGUCUACACGGUCCUCAAGCACCAAGGGGCCGCUAGCUAACGGUGUUCUGCACAAAACGGCGUACAACACGGAUUUACCCACACCAGAGAGGCUCCAGGCUCCAGCUCUCACUGCUCUGACUUUAAGUGGCCUCAUCACUGCCACCUACUGGUCAAAAAGAAAACUCCCUGAUAUUUGUAACUUUUCUCCACGUCAGCUCGAUGUGGGAUGGAUGGAUGGUUAAAGGAUGGUUAAAGGACGUUUCUGCGGCGUCACUGAGCUUGCAGAAGACGUCUGUCGCCGUGAACCCUCUGGACACAGACUGGGUACUUCUCAUGGAUUCAUCAGUCUGAUUCUGCACAAGAUGCAGAAAAGAUUGACGUGCAAAUGGACUUCGUCAGCCUCGUUAUCGAAAGAGCAGAUGGUGUAUACGUACUGUAGAUGUCUUUUAAACAUCUUUGUCACAAAUUCAGUCAAUUAUCAGUUUUUACAGCGAUUUGAUCAGGUAAUUCUGAAUAAUUGGGAGAGUUGUGGAUGAAUCUGAUCAAGUACAGUCUGUAGUCCUCCCUUUCACUGUGAUGCAGAACAUUGUUUUUAGCACAAUUUUCAAACUUACAAAAGCAGCAUUUGAUCAUUAUUUAGGAUUGUUGGCUUUAAAAUGGACAAAAUGUCCUUUUGCAGCAACUUUUUGAACUGUGGGAAAAAUCUAUGUACACAACUCCAAUCCCUUUUAAAAUGAGUAAAUAUAACCCAAAGCAAUGAGCCAAGUAAGACACUAAUAUGAAUAUCAAACCAUCUGCACGUGACGGUGAGAGAGCAGCUGUUUAUUGGACGGUGGUGUAAAGAUUGAUGGACAGCCAGCACGCACCGCGUCUGCACUCGUGUACCGUCGUGAGCGUUUCGAGGACCAGGAUGGACUCCUCUGGUGGCUUCUGGUCCUCCGUUUUAAAGCCACACACACACAACUUGAAUUCUGUUGAAAGUUGUGUGAUGGUCACAGCUUGGUUUGUCAGUUUGGUUCUCAUAAGCUUCAGCGUAUUCUUUCUUUUUUCCUAAGCGGUACACAUAGGCUGGAAACAAGUUCAGGACUUUGUAAUCAAACGUGUGUGGAGGACGGGGAGCUGCCACGAGGACUCGAGGAGGUGUCUGGUGAGCAGAAAGUGAGAUUUAAAGGAGGAAUCCACCCUGAAACAGCGAGUGGAGAUUUAUUUUGUUAAUGGUGACGUAAUGCCGAGAUCAUUCUAGUGCAGCUACGUUGGAGUUUAAUAUAUAUUAAACAUGUCGGGUUUCCUUUCGUGUAGUUGCUAUUUCACAACAGAAUUAAGUCACAAGAUGAAGAGAUAGUCACAGUACUGCUACUGAAUUUGCUAUUAUUCAUUCAAAGAAAGAUGAUUUUUAAGGUGGAAUUUUCCUUUACAAACUCACACAUUGACUGUGUAUUGCUCCUUUUAGCUCUACGUGGUGAUGUAGCAGGCCUCUUGUUAUCUCCCUCGUAUGCGUUGACAAUACCAUGUGUUGACUGAAGAAUGAAACCGUGGGUUUGACUUAGAGCCUCCAUAGCAGGCUUGUGAUAUGACUUUACCGAGAUGAGGCAGGGACGACAAUUAAACCCGACAUAUUAAGAGCGAUUGCAUUAUUUUUCUAUGUUUUAACAAAUUAUUGGCAAUCAAAUUAGCCUGUUUCUUUUCUAAGUGAGUGUUUUUUUUUUGCCCAGGAGUGCGACUCUGAUACAAUAUUCACAGUUAGUUUUGUUUUCAUGUAAGACCUGGUUGUUUACCUCGUAUAUUAAUAGGCAAUAUAUGGACCAGAAGCACCAGCAAAUUACUAAAAGGGUAGUAUCAUACUGUUGUAGACACGUAACAGGGUAAUUCUUUUGGUGUGUUUCAUGUAAGCCAUCAUCACACGUCUCAUCUAGGUUCAGUGCCGAUAACUGUUGUUUUGGAAUUCUUCGGCAAACAGGAGUAUUUAUAGGAACGUUAAGUCAUUUUAUCAGUCAUUCAUUAAUAUAUGGAAUAUUCAUGUUACUGUACUCAUGAUUGAACAGAUGUAACCUAAUUUUUGACCUGUUUUAUCAUACCAAAUGAUAUAUGGACUGUAUGUAAUAAUGUUUUUUCCCCCAUAAAUGCUAAAUGAAAGAUG